AUGCCCAAAGCUGUGAUCGUUGCCGAAAGUGAUCUUACACAAUUGGGCCAGAAGAUGGGGUAUAAGAUGCCUGAUGUUUCUGACCCCAAUAGAACACAUAUGAGAGUCGAGGAUCUAGUGCAGAAUCCUUCCAGUACAGAGCAGACUCCGAGUACGGGGCCAGAUAUCAUCACGGGGGGUUCGAAAGCUGAUACGUCGCCGAGGAGUUCAAAGUCACCUAGUGAGGAACCACAAUCGUCGCUUGUGAAGGAUAACUCUGGUCAUGAGCACUAUAUCGGACCUUCAGGGACUCUCAACUUCUGGAAUCAACUUCGGAAUCUGGUGGAUUCGAAUAAUAGCCCUUAUCCAUCACCUGGCCGUGAAGGAGUCACCAAGUUCACGCAGGAUAAUACAAGUCGGCUUUUAGAAGCUGAUGGCCAAGACGACGAUGAUCAACCACCACGUACUGCAGCAACACCUCAAGAUGGACCAUCUCCUGGAUCCAUCACCUCCGCUAUCGCACGCGACUUUACCCGCCUACCAACAGCAGAUAUGGAUGAAAUACUCGGCCAAUUUCCCUCAAAUGAAGUCCUUGAUCUACUCAUCCAGUCGUACUUCAAGAAUGCCCAUGAUGACUUUCCUCUUUUUCACAGAGCGACUUUUGAGGAAGAGUACGAAAGCUUCAUCGUUGAAGCUCGGAGCAAUUCUCGACUCCCUUCGAGACCGCUUCGAUUACCAGACUGGGGAUGGAUAGGCUGUCUUCAUAUGAUUGUGGUAUUUGGAUCUAUCGCUGAUAGGUCGAUACCCAACGUUGAUCAUUCUGCUCUUCGAAGAAGAUCUAUUGCUGUUGCUAGGGGCUUGCUCCCUCAGUUCAUCUCGAAGUGCUCACUUACGAAUGUUCGAGUUCUACUGCUUCUUUCAUUAUUUUUGCACAACAAUAAUGAAAGAAAUGCUGCGUGGAACAUCGCAGGAACAGCCACUCGGAUCUCCUUUGCUCUUGGUCUUCAUCGCUCAGACAUGGGUGCCUCAUUCAGGCCAUUAGAAAGGGAAGUUCGAAAAUGGGUCUUUUGUACACUCUACUCUUUCGAACAAUUCCUUGCUUCAAGUCUUGGCCGACCCAGUGGUCUCCAAGAACUCGACGUCGAAGUCGUUCCACCACGAGAAGACUUCGUAGAAGGAGGUAUAGGGACUGAUGCAAGACUUGUAUCAUGGUCUGUCAAACUUCAAGCCAUUCUUGCGCGAACAAGACUCUUGCACGUUGGUAUCAGUCAAAGCUCAGGGCCGACGCUGGAUGAGAUCUUGAACGCGUUGAAUGGUUGGAAGAAGGAUAUUGGAAAAGCACCCGGUCUCGACGUGUCGUGGAUUAAAAUGGAGGGGCCGGCCCUGGAAUCUAUCGAUCAUGAAGGAGCUGUUGAUAUGGAGGAACUGAAAGUCUCUUUGGCAUGGAAGACACGAGCUCAACUUCGCGCCGUUUUGCUUCUACAUAUUCACUUCCAUUACAUCGCCAUCGUGGCUACACGUCCCCUUCUCCUUCGCGACGUAGCAGCAGCACGGAAAGAAGAUGCACCGAAAACUCCGGUUCCUACACGUGCAGCUCUAUGUGUUAAGCACGCGUGUCAACUGAGUUACCUUAUGAUACUCCUAGAUCACUUUGAUGUGAUCAAUGGUCUUUCUGGCCUCGAUAUCUUUUACGCCUACUGCUCUGCUAUGAUCCUAAUCCUGUGGUUAUUACGAUUACGCCCUGGCGAAGGUGCAGAGAGCAUCGGACCAGAUGAAGUAAUGCUCCAGAACAAAGUCCGUCGUCUCGUCGCUACCUUACGAAACGUCAUCAACCACACGGAUAAAUGCGGCUCAAUGAAGCGAUUAGCUCAGGUCGUUGAUACCUUCUCAGAGUGCGCCAACAAUCCGACUGAUCCUCCGGGUACAGCGAAUUUACCCCCGCAAGGGAUCAACAUGAACAAUCUGCCGUAUCCGGCCGGUUGGUCAGCUGAACAAGAUGUGAAACAGUUCCGGGAGGAAAUUGAACCUGUUGAUGUCUGGCGUAGUCAGCUCCAAGCUACAGCUGCGCUUGUGGCUGAAGACGAGUCGUCUUCAACUGGGAGUGUGCUAACAGAACUCGAAUCGUGUUCUGGUCAAGAAGACACCGCUCAACCGAACGAUACUAUGGAUUAG